UCCUCUAUUUUCUGCCCCACUGUCAUAAUGGUUCGUGGUGGUGCCACAGCGCACAAAUUUUUUUCAACAACAGUCGUUCGAUCACGAUAAGCUUAACAAUUUGGGCCCUGCUUAUCGAAUGCGUUCACUCGACGCCAAAUUGCGUGUGUGUGGCGUCUCCGUGGAGACAGUUUAGACUACAUCGCUUUUCCUCGCAGCGGGUGAAACGUUUUGCUGAAACAGUCGCUCCGGGUGCAGGCGAACGUGCGCGUGUGUGUGUGGGUGCUUGCAUUUAGAUUGAGGAAAAAGGGUGAAAUACGUGAGAGUGCGUUCAGUGGAAAACAGCUGCUUGCCUUUCUCGGCGGUCGAGGUCAUUUCCUUGCGCGCAGCAAGGGGCGCCAGUACAAUGGGGGACGUGAAAUUAUACCUGCUGGUGUCAGCAAUUGCCAUAAACUGUUGCCUCUCGGUGCUUACGGUGUACGGCUAUACGGUGCAGAAUGUGAAUCCGGUCGGUGGUUCCCACGAUGUGGAUGAAAGUUUCCUGCAGCAGCCUCAUUACCGUGGCAACAACGAGCUGCUCGAUGUGUUGGCCCACCUGCAGAAGGACUACCCGGAUCUGGCCAAGGUGCACACGAUUGGCCAGUCACUGGAGGGCCGUCCGCUGACCGUGGUCGAGAUACGCCCGAACGUGAACCGUCCGCGACCAUUGCUGAUGCCCAUGUUCAAGUACGUCGGCAAUAUGCACGGUGACGAAACGGUAGGCCGGGAGCUGCUGCUGUACCUGGCGCAGUAUCUGUUGGCGAAUUACGGUCGGGAUCCGGAAGUAAGCUCGCUGGUAAACGAAACAGCCAUCUACCUGAUGCCAACAAUGAAUCCGGACGGGUAUGAGCGGUCCAAGGAAGGUGUCUGUGAAUCGCCACCAGAUUACGUGGGACGCUACAAUGCAGCAAACGUCGAUCUGAAUCGAGAUUUUCCCGACCGCUUCGAUGAUGAGCGUACGCGCCAUCAGCGCAUGAGACGUCGCCAGCCGGAAACGGUCGCCGUUAUGAACUGGAUCCUGAACAAUCCGUUCGUCCUGUCGGCGAACCUGCACGGUGGUGCCGUCGUUGCCAGCUAUCCGUACGACAAUUCGAUCCAUCAUCAUGACUGUUGCGAGGAAAGCCGUACCCCGGACAACAAGUUCUUCAAAUACGCUGCCCUAACGUACGCGGAAAAUCAUCCGGUAAUGCGCCAGGGACGUGAUUGUAAUGAAACAUUCCAGAGCGGCAUCACCAACGGUGCGUACUGGUACGAGCUGAGCGGUGGCAUGCAGGAUUUCAACUACGUGUACAGCAACUGUUUCGAGGUGACGCUCGAGCUGAGCUGCUGCAAGUUUCCGUACGCCAGAGAGCUACCGAACGAGUGGCACAAGAACAAGCGCAGCCUGAUCGAGUACUUGAAGCUGGUUCACGUCGGUGUGAAGGGUCUCGUCACGGACAGUGCCGGUUACCCGAUCAAGGACGCGGACGUGAUCGUGAGUGGAAUCGAUCGGAAUGUACGCACCAGCGAGAGGGGCGAAUACUGGCGCCUGUUGGUACCGGGCCAGUACAACGUACGGGUGGAAGCUGUUGGCUAUUACCCGAGCGAACCCGUCACCGUACAGGUGAAAGCUGACCAGCCGCUGCAGGUGAACUUCAGCCUGAAGAGCUACGACACACAGGAAGCCCCCUCCAAAUCGGAACAGGUGCGAGUAGUACGGGAAACGUUUGACGAGUACGGAUUUGCCAAAACGCCCGCCUUUGUACAUCACAACUACACCAGCAUGGUUCGCUACAUUCAGGAUCUCGCCACGAACUACCCAUCCAUCACGCAGCUCUACUCGAUCGGCAAGUCCGUACAGGGCCGUGAUCUGUGGGUGAUGGAAGUAACCGCCAACCCCGGCAAGCACGUGCCAGGCAAGCCGGAGGUGAAGUACAUCGCCAACAUGCACGGUAACGAGGUGGUCGGUCGGGAACUGUUGCUACUGUUUGCGAAGUAUUUGUGUGAAAACUUUAACCGCACGCAGCGCAUUACGCGGCUGGUAAAUGGGACGCGGUUGCAUCUGCUGUUCAGCAUGAAUCCGGACGGGUACGAGCUGGCCGAUGCGAACGAUAAGGAAAGCUUGCGCGGCCGCUCGAACGCGAACAACGUUGACCUGAACCGCAACUUUCCGGACCAGUUUGGGCGCAAUCACUACAACACGCGCCAGGAACCGGAAACGUUGGCCGUUAUGAACUGGUCCCUGGCGACGCCGUUCGUACUGUCGGCCAACCUGCACGGUGGUGCACUGGUAGCCAACUAUCCGUUCGAUGAUUCGCCGAAGGAUUUCGCCUACUCCAGCGGGUACGGCGAUCCGCGCACGGUCAAGAACCCCACGGAGGAGAACGAGCUGUUCCAGUAUCUGGCGCAUGUGUACGCUAAUUCACAUACCACGAUGCACCUUGGACAUCCAUGCCGAACCUACCUGCGUGAAACGUUCCCCGACGGCAUCACGAAUGGUGCCGCUUGGUACAGUGUGACCGGCGGUAUGCAGGACUGGUCGUACGUCGUUGGUGGAGCAUACGAGCUAACGCUCGAGGUAGGUUGCGACAAGUUCCCGCCCGCUUCCCAGCUGCCCGACUUUUGGAAACAAAACCGCGAAGCGUUGCUGCAGUACGUGGAGCAGGCGCAGCACGGCAUUACCGGAUACGUCCGUAGCACGAUCGGCCAUCCGAUCGGGCGUGCCAGCGUUAAGGUGAACCAGAUCGAACACGUCACGUACACGACGGCGAAUGGCGAUUACUAUCGGCUGCUGUUGCCGGGUCUGUACAAUGUGACGGCCGAGGCCGAGGGCUACGAACCGCAAUCGCUCGAGGUGCGCAUCCCGCCCGAGGCAGAUCGGGCGGUGAUCGUCGACUUUCAGCUGAUGCGUGACGAUCCCCAACAUUGGUCGUCCGCGUACGACUAUCGGACGCUGGAAAACGUCAUCAAAACGCGCUACCACUCGGACGCGGAACUGAAAUCGAUCAUGGCCGAAUUCGAGAACAAGUACUACACGUCCGUUUCGCUAGAGUUUGGUGGCAAUGAGGUGUCGAUGGCGUACCCGUCGGUGAAGGUGACCGACAGUAUUGGAGAGCCGGAAGAGACGAAACUGCACAUCCUGAUCAUAUCGUCGCUGUUCCAAACGACCGCCAUUGGGCGGGAGAUGGUCAUCAAUCUGGCACGGCACGUCCUCGCCGGCUACGUCAUCAAGGAGCCUUUGCUGAUCAAAUUGCUGCAAAAUGCUGUCCUCCACUUUGUCCCGGUAAAGAAUGAUUUCGACGAGAUCGUGCAACAGUUUCGGGCGAAUGGAUCCGUGUGCAAUCCUACACUGCAUUCGGACGAGCUGGCAGACAAGUUGCUGAACGCGGAAACUGACAAUCAGAAGGACAUGUUCCUGCGCAUGCUGAAGGACGAAGAGUACGAUCUAGCGCUAACGUUCUCUGCCGGCGGACACGAUGUAUUCUUUCCGAACACAGACGAUAAGGUUGCCGUCUACUCACGGUUUGCGGAAAAAAUCAAAGGCCACAAGUACCGGCAAUCGGCCAACUCCGACCACUGUACGGUCGACGCCGGUCAGCUGCAUCAGGUCGAGGCGACGCAGCGUGUCACGAAUGCGAUCCACAAGCUGUACGAGGUGCCGCUGUUUACGCUGCAGCUCGGUUGCUGCAAGAUGCCGGCCGAAACGGCCAUCGCCAGCGUAUGGCGCCAGAACCUGGAGCGUAUGACCAACUUCCUGCGGCUGAUCGAUACCGGAAUCCGCGGGUUCGUGAAGAACGCGCACGGCGCCCCGCUGCGCAAAGCGAUCCUUCGCGUGCACGGUAACAAUCUGAUCUACAAGGUAACGCCCAACCUUGCCCACUUCCGCAUCAUCCUACCGUCCGGUUCGAUGGAGAUCGAAAUCAGCUGCUACAACUACACGUCGCGCAUCAUGCCGGUAACGCUGAGCGACAACCAGAUACUGGAUCUGGGCGAUAUUGUAAUGCAGGAAGCGGCACGGCCGCGGGAAAGUAUCGUGGCACCACCCGUUCCGGUGCUACCGCAAACCCUGCUGACACCCGAGAAGCAUCGGGAUUUUGGUGUGCUGGAACCGUCUAAAACGAUGAAAGUGUUUCCGCAGGAUGGUGGCGUUGAAGUGAAUGCUGUCGUUAGUGGAAUCGUGCUGGAUGACGCUAAUCAUCCACUGCCCAACGCCAAAGUGUACGUAACCGACGCAAACACCCAGAAGGUGCUUGCCGACGGGCGUACGGGGCCGUUGGGAAAGUUCCAGUUUGAAUCUCUGUCCGACACGAAGGAUAUUAUGGUGCAUGCUGAGCCGUCGGGGUACGAGCAGGGCGUGAAACAAAUUAGACAAGGUCCGCUGGGCGGUGCCACUGGUAUCGUGUUCCAUCUGGCACGCGACGAGCGUGUGCUAGGGCUUCCGCGGUUAGUCUUCGUCAUACUGGCGGGAUGCGUUUCGGUCGGCAUCAUCGUCGCUGGUAUCAUGUGCUUCAUGUACAUUCAGGCGCGCCGUCGCGACUCGCGCUACUACUACAACUUUUCGCUUCUGCCGCAGAAGGGCGAACCGAACCGGAAGCUCUUCGACGACGACGAAGAGACGGAACUGUUCCGUGCGUCCACGAAAACAGAACUGCAGCCAUACUACGACGACGAGCGAGAACCGAUCACUGAUACGGAUGACGACAGUGAGGAGGAAAUUGUGAUGCUCAAUCCUUCCUUCCGCAACACAAUCAGCCAGUCGUAACGGAGUAUCUCCCCCCCCCCCCCCCCCCCCCCAAAAGUUCCCCAUCUCCCCUUCAUCCUUUCCGUCCUUCUUCGUUGGGUGAAACACCAGCGGUCAAUUAUCGUGGUACCUUAGCGUAGUAAAACCUCGUUCGGAACGAUUCUGUAGAAUAUGUAUCGACGAUGGCGAGUGGUCGAAGAGACCUGCUUCGACCCUCGGCACCAUCGUCAAAACCUCCUUGCCUUAGAACACCGUUAUACCUGUUCCCGACACCAACUUUAUGAACUAUGACAACGAACCAACGGACCACCACCACACAUGAUGCCGCCGCGCACACGCCCUGUCCAGUCCACCGGCGCGGCAGGCAACCUACCUUCAGGUUUUGAUUUGUGAUAAGCUAUUUGUCCCAGUACUGCAUUUGUGUGUGUGUGUGUGUUUGUAUUUUUUUAUCCUCCCCGGGAAAGCUCCACUCCCCUGGCACCACCUGGCAAACUACAUAAACAAAAAGGCAUAAAAAGCGACGCUAAACUUAAGGCGACACCAACGUACUGUGUCGGAAACUGACGGAGCUGUGAGUGGUACAGAAGCCGCAGAUGAGAUGAUGAGACGAUGACGACAGCGGAAUGAACAGAAUUGGAGAAAGGCGAAGCGGGCAGAUCAUUCCUUCCGGCAGGGGUUUACAUUUCCGGUUUAGAUUAAUUUAUUAUUUUUUAAGCAAAAUGAACUAAAUAAACGCAUCGUCGGUGUUGUGCAAUUGGAUCCCAA